AUGCCCAACAUCUCCACGGUGACGGAAUUCCUCCUGCUGGGAUUCUCGGAGGUCCGGGAGCUGCAGCUGGUCCACGCCGCGCUGUUCCUCCUGGUCUACCUGGCGGCCCUGACGGGGAAUCUCCUCAUCGUCGCCGUCACCGCCCUCGACCGGCGCCUCCACACCCCCAUGUACUUCUUCCUCAGGAACCUGUCCGUCCUCGACCUCUGCUACAUCUCCGUCACCGUCCCCAAAUCCAUCCACAACUCCCUGACCGACCGUAGUUCCAUCUCCUUCCUGGGCUGUGCCAUCCAGCUCUUCUCGGUGGUCCUGUUUGCCGCCUCAGAGGUGUUCAUCCUCACGGCCAUGUCCUACGACCGCUACGCCGCCAUCUGCCUUCCCCUGCGCUACGAAGUCGUCAUGAACGGACGGGCCUGUGGAAGGAUGGCGGCCGCCUCGUGGCUCACUGGGGGCCUUUUGGCAGUAAUGUGUUCAGCUGCGACGUUCUCCCUGUCCUUCUGUGGGUCCAACAUCGUCCCGCAGUUUUUCUGUGACAUCCCCUCCCUGCUGAAGAUCUUCUGCUCCACGGACCAUGUCGCCGUCGACGUGAGCGUCACCGCUGGGGCAGUGUUAGGCUUCCCCGGCUUCAUUCUCGUCAUCUUCUCGUACGUGUGCAUCUUCCGGGCCGUGCUGAGGAUGCCGGCCGCCGAGGGCCGGGCCAAAGCCUUCUCCACCUGCCUGCCCCACCUCGCCGUCGUCACUAUUUUCAUCUCGGCGGCGGCAUUUGUCUAUCUCAAGCCGUCCUCGGAAUCCUCCUCGAUCGUGGAUCUGCUGGUGUCCGUGUUCUACUCCGUGGUGCCCCCCGUCCUGAAUCCCCUUAUCUACAGCUUGAGGAACCGGGACAUGAAGGCCGCCAUGGACAGGAUCCUGAAAGGACCUUCCUGUCACUACUGCCAGGGCCCAGGACCGACGAGAUGGAAGAUGUUACUUCUCACGGGGAUGUCCUACGACCGCUACGCCGCCAUCUGCCUCCCCCGACGCUACGAGGUUAUCAGGAACGGACAGGCCUCGACGCUAUUUGUCUACCUCAAGCCACCUUCGGACUCCUACUCGAUCACGGAUCUGCUGGCGUCCAUGUUCUACUCCAUGACCUUCCUGUCAUCCCCACCCGUGACCAGGACCGACGAGAUGGACUACGAGGCCGUCAUGAACAGAGGGGCCUAUGGGAAGACGGCGGCCGUCUCGUGGCUCACCUCUGGUCUGUUUGCAAUCUCCUGCUCCAAGGACCAUGUCGCCAUCGACGUGACCGUCGCCGCUGGGGUAGUGUUAGGCGUCACCUGCUACAUUCUCAUCGUCGUCUCGACCGAUGGGAUGGAGUGA